AUGAGAAUGCUGCUUAAUUUUGUCAAAGGAUGCACCUCAUUCGAAAGCAUCAGAACAAUUAAUGGAGUCAAGCAUAAAACUUACCGAGAAGAAUGCUACGCAUUAGGAUUGUUAGAUGAUGAUAAAGAAUGGAAUGACUGCUUGGCUGACACAUCAAUUUGGGCCACGGGAAAUGAGUUGAGACAUCUCUUUGUAACGAUACUUAUCCACUGUCAGGUAUUUGAUUCAAGCAUGGUUUGGAAAAACAACUAUGAAAUACUAUCAGAAGACAUACCCACAUUGCAGAGAAAGAGAUUACGAAUGAAAAUUUUGUUGUUAAGUCAAGAACAAAUUGAAGCAUAUACAUUGUUCGAGAUUGAAAGCAUACUGUUAAAGAUGGGUAAAAGUUUGCAAGACAUAGAUGGAAUGCCAAUUCCAGAUUCAGCUUUACUACGCAAUGUAGUAAAUUGUCUGAUCAAUGAGGAGCUAGACUAUGACAAAGACGAGCUAAAGAGAGUACAUGAAACAACAUUUUCUUUGUUAAAUGAUUGCCAAAAGAUAGCCUAUGAUGCAAUAAUAACAUCAGUUGAGAAAUAUGAGGGAAGAUUAUUUUUUAUAAAUGGACAUGAGGGUACUGCUUUGUUAUUGCCAAAUGGUAGGACAGCACAUUCCCGCUUCCAUAUCCCUUUGGAUGUCACUGCUGAGUCAACUUGUGAAAUCAAACAAGGCAGCCAGUUAGCAGAAUUACUAAAUGGUAAAGUAAGUCCGUCCGAGGCUAUAAAAUUUGCAGAUUUCGACAAAUGGUUGUUACAAGUAGGAGAUGGAUCAUUUUACGAUGAUAGCAAGAAGGAGCUUAUUAAAAUACCUCAGGAUGUACGCAUCAACACGUCUAAUAAUCCAAUAUGUUCGAUUAUUGAGGCAGUUUAUCCAUCCCUCUUGCAGAAGUACAAUGACCCAGGAUAUUUUAAAGAACGAGAAAUACUGACACCAAAAAAUGAAAUGGUACAUGAGUUGAACGAGACAAUUAUGAAAAUGAUAUCGGGUGAAGGAAGAACAUAUUUUAGCGCUGACAAUGUAUGCAAAGCAAGCGUGAACACAAACGAUGAAGAAAUUUUGUACCCAACUAAAUUUCUUAACAACUUAAGAAUUCCUGGCAUCCCUAACCAUGACAUACACUUGAAAGUGGGCACUCCAGUAAUGCUGCUUAGAAAUAUAAACCAAACAGAAGGUCUAUGCAAUGGAACAAGAUUGAUCGUCACGAAUCUUGGUAUAUGGUCUGUCACUGCUAACAUCAUUUUAGGGAAGAACAUUGGCUCUAGAUUAACAAUUCCAAGAAUUAUUAUGUCGCCUACCGAAUCAAAAUGGCCAUUCAAGCUUAAGAGAUGA